GCAGUGGCAGUCAGUGUUCCGUGGACCGCCAGUGGGAUCGGUCACGCACCCUUGCCUCCCGCCGCCGCCUGGCCACGCUCCCUCGCCGCCCCGCGCUCUGGCUGAGGGCAGCGUGCGGUGCCCGAAGGCGUGGUCUUGCAGGACCGAGGCUGCCGGAAUGAAGGACUAGCCAUAACUAAAGUCGUGCCACAAUAACUUAACUCUUACAUAUCUAAGUGACACAUAUCAAGACACGCUUCAAUCUUCCCCCUCGUGCCUUCCUGCGCCUCCAGAUUAAUCAUGAGAGAAAACGGGACGAGUAACCACCAGCGGCCCUGCAUUCACGUGAGGCCCGGAGCUGGGUGUGUCGAGGGGCUGCUCCCUGCCGUGUACGAGGCCGCCUUGGUACAUUCAGAGACGCACCACCACCGACCAAACCACAGCCUUCAGCCCGACCAGAGCACCUCGGCCAUCAUCUAUGUGUCGAUCGUGGUGGUGUUCUACGUGGUCAUCAUCGCUGUCCUGGUCGGCACCACGCUGCGACGCCGAGGCCUGGGCAGCGACGAGCCAGAAGACACGAAGCACCUCUUACUAUACGACGAGAAGACAGACUCCGUGACCACAACCCCUGCAGUUCCCACCUCCAAGAUUCACGAGGCUGGUCUCCUGACGGUGUGAGGCCGGGAUGAGGUGCAAAUUAACACGAGGAAAAGGAGCUGGAGAAUGAAGUUAGGAUAACGCAGGUGGUGGUGGUGGUGGUGGUGGAGAGGAGAGGAGAAGGUCGCGGUAAUAACAUGAGGAGAGAAAUAUAAUGAUCCUGUGGAGAAGAAGGGAAGGAAAAUGUAGAAGAUGGAGGAUGUGGUUAUUAUGUGAGAGGAUGAGGAUGGUGAUGGAAGGAGAAAGAAAAAAAACAAGAUGGAAGCGUGGUAACAUGAGAUAAUAGUGGAAGAAAUAGGGAGGAAGGUGAUGGAGACGACCAUGAUGACACUAAAAAGAGGAGAAAGGAGCAAAACGAAGACCUCUAUGAAAACAUAAGACAAUGAUUCUGAGACAACAAAGAAGGUGGGAGACGCAAAGGACGUAACAGCAGCACAAGAAGAGGAAGACGAUGAUGCUAGUGGAGGGAAGAGGAGGAGAAAGAGGAGGAUGAGGAGAGAAGGGGAAGGUUUAAAAGAUGCAAAUGGGGAGUUACGUGAGAGGUGAGUGAGAGGGAGAGGGAGAGGGAGAGGGAAAGGUUGGCUUGUGUCUCCCUGAUCCCGAGAGGAAGAGAAACUGUGAGGCCAGAGGAGGUAAUGGAUGAGAAAAGGAGAUUCUUGAGAGACACUUGACCCCCUUACAUCAGCCUCCCUCCUCGCCCCCUUCCCUCCCUCGCCUCCCGCCUCAUCACCCACCCGCCUUCCCCUCGCCUCAUAUACACGACGGGGGGACAACGGAGCCACGAUGAAGAGCCUUGAUCCUCGGAAGAUUAUACCUUGUUUUGGUCCGCCUCCUAGUGCUCCUCCUCCUCUUCAUCAUCAUCAUCAUCAUCUUCUUCUUCUUCUUCUUCUUCCUCCUCUUCCAGCUCUUCCUCUUUAUGCUAUCCCUACAUUUCGUCCUCGUCAUUCCAUCCUCCAUUCCUGCUAGUGUUUCUCCUCUUGCUCUUCCUCCUUCUUCUUCUUUUCAUCCUGCUUAUCCUUCUCUUUCUUCCAACUCCUCCUGCUGCUGUACAUCCUCCUCCUCCUCCUCCUCCUCCUCGUACUGCAUCUCCUACUCCCCCUACUCUUCCUUAUGUUCCUCCUCCUCAACCUCUUUUUUCUUUUUCUCUCUCCUGAAAAAACUCUUGCUGUAGUUCUUCUCCAUCCUCCUCCUCCUCUUCCUCCUCCUCCUCCUCCUCCUCCUCCUCCUCCUCCUCCUCCUCCUCCUCCUCCUCCUCCUCCUCCUCCUUGUUCUCCUCCUCCUCCUCCUUCUCCUCCUCCUUCUCCAGAGCCACCAGUAUACUCAACGCUACCAACCCAACAACCACCACCAUUAUUAGCACUACUGAAAAAGUUUUGCAACACACACACAAACAAACACACACACACACACACACACACACACACACACACACACACACACACACACACACACACAUUGCAACACACACACAAACAAACACACACACACACACACACACACACACACACACACACACACACACACACACACACACACACACACACACACACACACCGUUAAAGAAAAGAACCUCUACAUCCACACAGCGACUCCCCCGUAACAGAGAGAGAGAGAGAGAGAGAGAGAGAGAGAGAGAGAGAGAGAGAGAGAGAGAGAGAGAGAGAGAGAGAGAGAGAGAGAGAGAGAGAGAGAGAGAGAGAGAGAGA